AUGCGCGUGUCCCUCCUUACCGCCGCCCUCGCGGCCACCCCCGUCCUCGCCUAUCCCGGCAUGAAAAGCACCUUCUCCGAGAUCCGUUCCCGUGCAGACAAGGACGGCAACGGCGCCGACGAGGGCGACUCCAACGAGCUCCUCGGCGAUCUCCUCACCCUCGACGACUCCAAGCUCACCCCGGUCGGGAAGAGCGUCAAGCAGCUCCUCACGGGCUUCGACAAGCCCGAGAGCGACGAGGCCUAUUCCACCUCUGCCCGCGGCGGGAACCUCGCCGCCAAGGGCUCCGCGGCCUGCGCUGCCGACACCUGCUGCAUCUGGCGAUACAUUGCAAACGACUUGCAGGCCACCUUCCGGGGCAAGUCAGGUCGUUGCACCGACCUUGCCCGUGCCGCCAUCCGUCUGGGAUUCCAUGAUGCCGGCGGUUGGUCCAAGAGCACCGGGGACCUUGGAGGCGCUGAUGGCUCGAUUAUCCUGUCGUCUGAUGAGAUGACUCGUGGAGAGAACAGAGGUCUUGAGGAGAUUGUUGCGCAGACCCAGGUCUGGUACAACCAGUACAAGCAGUACGGCAUCGGCAUGGCCGAUCUCAUCCAGUUCUCCGCCAACGCUGCCACCGUCGUUUGCCCUCUCGGACCUCGUGUACGCACCUUCGUGGGCCGCAAGGACUCUUCCGCCCCUUGCCCUGACAACUUGCUUCCUCCCGUGACCGGCUCCGCCGAUUUCUUGAUCCAGCUCUUCGAGAACAAGACGAUCAAGGCCCACGGCCUCACGGCCCUCAUUGGCGCCCAUACCACCAGCCAGCAGCGGUUCGUCGACCCCAGCCGCGCCGGCGACCCGCAGGACAGCUCCCCGGGUGUCUGGGACGUCAAGUUCUACAAGGAGACCCUCGGAUCCGCCCCGGCUCGCGUCUUCAAGUUCGCCAGCGACGUCGUGCUCUCCAGAGACCCCCGCAUCAGCGCCGAGUUCAAGGCCUUUGCCGGCCCGGGGGGACAGUCCCACUGGAACGAGGACUACGCCCGGGAGUACAUCCGCCUCUCCCUCCUCGGCGUCAACAACAUCAACGACCUGACCGAGUGCACCAAGGCCCUGCCCUCCCGCUCCGGCAGCACCUUCAACGCCCCCGACCAGGCCGCCCUCGACAAGUGGCUCGCCACCAAGGACCGCGUUGCCAAGAUUGCCGACGAGCUGCGGAACGGCGGCAACAUCAGCAAUCUCAUCACCUCCGUGUUCGGAUGGCUCAGGGGCAUCUUCGGUCUCAGGUUCAUGUUCUAG